ACUUAUCUGACGGACAAAGUGUACAAAACUUUAAAGCAAAAUAUGAAAAGUUAAAACAACUUUCAAAUUACCAAUUUGCAAAUAACUUCUACCAAGGAGAACAAGCACACUCGCUUGACAGAGUACCAUUACAAUAUCGAACUGAAGUAUUAUUCAGACAACCAACGACCUAUGAAGAAUUCUUCACAUACUUAAACACAACAUUCCAUAACAAAAAAGCAUUAGCGAACGAAAGUGCAUUCAGUGGAAAAGACAUUAAACACUUUAAAGCAAAAAACUUUCGAAAACCAGGAGCCAAAAUCAAAAUAAGAAAUUACCAAGGAAAUAACUACCAGCAAACAAGAAAACCAUACCAACCAAGGGAUAUGUCCAAAGUAAAAUGUUAUAACUGUUUCAACCACAAAAAAACAAUAAUAACAGAACAUCAUUCAGAGGAAAAGGAAAGUUCCAAAGAGGAAGACCUUUCAGGACAAAUAACAAUAACCGAUCUAACAGUCAAAGAUUCAAUGGACAAAGAACUAGAAACGUUCAAUUCAGAAAUAACUAACAAAGAAACAAUAAUUUCAGAAACAAAAGG